AUGUUUGCCGGUAACACUCUCGCCCUCUUGGCCUUCGCUGGCUACGCUUCCGCCAACGGUCUUUCUCUUGACAUUGGUGCCAUCGUCAACGUCGGUGCUUCCAUCGGCGUCUCGGCCAGCGCCUCUGUCGACUUGACCAGCUCUUGUUCCGCCAAGGGUGACUUUAUCACCGAGCUCUUGGGCCUCGCCCUCUGUUGCUCCGACGACACCCGUACUACUCCUGACCCCAACUUGACCUGUCCCUUCGACUGGAGCAUGCACAAGACCGCCAAGUGCUGUAUCCCGGAGACCGAAGUCUCUCCUUGUGACUGCGGUGAAGGCUACACCUACAACGAAGUCACCAAGGUCUGUGACGCCAACACCGGCUCUUGCUCCGACACCCAGUGGUGGCACGAGCGAUCCGACACUUGCUGUGACGACUCUUGGGAGCAGGACCCCCCUACUGGCGACUGCCCCACCGGUGUCACCUGCCCUACCGACUGGUUCUGGCACAAGACUCUCAACAAGUGUUUGCCCACUGGCCCCCGUGCCCCCGAGCCCGACUGUGAUGACUGGAACACCAACACCCAGUGCUGCGGUGGUGCUUCCCCCUCUCAGGCUGUCCGAAGGACCAACAACGUCAAGCGAUCUCACAGGGCCCAGAAGCAGACCGCUCUCUUCCCCCAGUCCGCUCUUGACCGAACUUACUGCCCCAACGGCUUCCACGCUUGUACCGUCGAGGGUCAGACUGGUAGUGCUUGGUCUUUCGAGUGCAUUGACCCCGUUGUCGAGCUCGAGGCCUGUGGUGGUUGCAUUGAGAACGGUGGCCAGGACUGCACAAACAUCCCCAACGCUCUCUCUGUCGGCUGUGCUAUCGGCAAGUGCCAGGUCUUCUCAUGCAAGUACGGCUUCCAGGCCAACUCUGACAACACCGAGUGUAUCGCCAUCUAA